GUGGCUGGUGUGGCCCUAACAAGCAUUCCCUGCAAAACAACAGGCCAGUGAGAGCUGCGGAUUUUUUUUUUUUUUUCGUUUUUAACCUGUGAGUAGCAGUGGACAUGGAUUCAUUCUGGUGGGACACGGAUGGAUUGUAAGCGCACCAUUCAAAGGAUGAGGAUGCCUGAGGCUGGAAGUUAGACCCCCACCAGAGACACAGAGGCAGUCCCAGGGCUGGGGCUGGACCCAGAGGCCCCUGCCUGGGGGUGAAGGGCCCUCACAGCCCCGCGUGAGCCCGGACCAUGGGGGAUGGAGGCGCUGGUGCGGCUGGGGGAGAUGGGGUGAACCGGUCCCAUGUCCUGUUUGAUAACUUCGUCCAGGCGACCACUUGCAAAGGCACGCUCAAGGCCUUCCAGGAGCUGUGCGACCACCUGGAGCUCAAGCCCAGCGAGUACAGGGUCUUCUACCACAAGCUCAAGUCCAAACUCAACUACUGGAAGGCCAAGGCACUCUGGGCCAAGUUAGACAAGAGGGCAAGCCACAAGGAGUACAAGAAAGGCCGUGCAUGUGCCAACUCAAAGUGUCUGAUCAUCGGUGCUGGGCCAUGUGGUCUGCGGACAGCCAUCGAGCUUGGGUUUCUGGGCGCCAAAGUGGUGCUGCUGGAGAAGAGAGAUGCUUUCUCCAGGAACAACGUGCUCCACCUCUGGCCGUUCACCAUCCAGGACCUCAGGGGCCUCGGGGCCAAGAAGUUUUAUGGGAAGUUCUGUGCCGGUGCUAUCGAUCAUAUCAGUAUUCGUCAGCUGCAACUGAUGCUGCUUAAAGUUGCUCUCCUCCUUGGCAUCGAGAUCCACGUCAACGUUGAGUUCAAGGGUCUGAUCGAGCCCCCCGAAGACCAAGAGACUGAAAGGAUAGGCUGGAGGGCUGAGGUCCACCCCAGGACACACCCUGUCAGUGAGCUGGAGUUUGAUGUCAUCAUUGGUGCAGAUGGGAGGAGAAACACUCUACCAGGGUUUCGGCGUAAGGAGUUCCGAGGCAAGCUGGCCAUCGCCAUCACGGCCAACUUCAUUAACAGGAACACGACGGCGGAGGCCAAGGUCGAGGAGAUCAGCGGGGUGGCCUUCAUCUUCAACCAGAAGUUCUUCCAGGACCUCCGAGAAGCAACAGGAAUUGACCUGGAAAACAUUGUCUACUACAAGGAUGACACGCACUACUUUGUGAUGACUGCCAAAAAACAGAGCCUGCUGGAGAAAGGAGUCAUUCUGCAUGAUUAUGCAGACACUGAGAUGCUGCUAUCCAGGGCCAAUGUGGACCAGGCUGCCCUGCUGUCUUAUGCCCGCGAGGCAGCCGACUUCUCCACUAACCACCAGCUGCCCACACUGGACUUUGCCAUCAACCACUAUGGUCAGCCUGACGUGGCCAUGUUCGACUUCACGUGCAUGUACGCCUCGGAGAACGCUGCCCUGGUACGCCAACGCAAUGGCCACAAACUGCUGGUGGCACUGGUGGGAGACAGCCUGCUGGAGCCGUUCUGGCCCAUGGGCACUGGCAUCGCCCGAGGUUUCCUGGCCGCCAUGGACUCAGGCUGGAUGGUGAAGAGCUGGGCUCAGGGAAACACCCCUCUUGAGGUGCUGGCAGAGAGGGAGAGUAUUUACCGUCUGCUGCCCCAGACAACACCAGAAAACGUCAGUAAGAACUUCAGUCAGUACAGUGUGGAUCCCACCACGCGUUACCCCAACAUUAGCCUUAACUUCCUCAGGCCCAACCAGGUACGGCACCUAUUUGACACAGGGGAGACCAGGGAAAUGCGCAUUGAAAUUGAGAAUGUGAUCAACGCAUCGACACCCAAGCUGACCCGGAAUGAAUCCAUAGCUCGAUCCAGUAAGCUGCUAAGCUGGUGCCAGCGGCAGACGGACGGAUAUAGGAAUGUCAACGUGACGGAUCUGACGAUGUCUUGGAAGAGUGGCCUGGCCCUGUGUGCUCUCAUACACCGAUACCGACCGGAUCUCAUUGACUUUGACUCUCUGGACGAGAGGAACCAGGAGAAGAACAACCAGUUGGGUUUUGACGUGGCGGAGAGGGAGUUUGGCAUCUCGCCCUGCAUGACUGGCAAGGAGAUGUCUUCUGUGGUAGAGCCAGACAAACUCUCGAUGGUCAUGUACCUCAGCCAGUUCUAUGAGAUGUUCAAGGACACAGUGCCCCCUGGAGAUAACCACAACUUGAGUCCCGAGGAGAAGGCAGCACUGAUAGCUAGCACCAAAUCGCCCAUCUCCUUCCUCAGCAAGCUUGGUCAGAGCAUUGCCAUCUCCAGGAAACGUAACCCCAAGGACAAAAAAGAGAAGGACGUGGACGGUUUGGGGAAGAGAAGGAAGACCAGCCAGGGUGGCCAUUCUGAAGAUGAGGAGGUAUCGCGGACCGGUCGUGACGACAGGCCAUCUGUCUCCACCGCCCUGCUGGACAGAAAGAUGGACCCCGGCGCUGUGGGUAACAACAACAAAGUCAAGGUCAUGGCCACCCAGCUGCUUGCCAAGUUUGAGGAGAACGCUCCAGCCCAGUCCACGGGACUCAAGAGACAGGGGGAGUCUCUGCCCAAUCUGGACCGCCUUCUACCCCUUUCCCCACCCCCAGCCCCCCUGAAUGAGCCAGUCCGCCUGGCACCUGUCCCGGCAUGGAGAAAGCGACGCACUCAGCAACAGGAGCAGCUCAGCAUUCGCUACAAAGAAAGGGUGAAAUGUCAGACCCUGCCCAACAAAGUGGAGCAGGCCAGAAGCAGCACAGACCAACUGUCCAGCUCGGGCUCUCGAAGCUGCCCUAAGAAAACCAUUCUGCUCCCUUCCUCUUCCUCCACCUCUUCGCUCUCUCUUCACUCACAGGAGUGGAUGCCGCUACACCUGGACGACCCAGGGCCCAUUCACAUCCCUAGCAUACAGGAGAGGGCUGACUGCCUCAUCUCCAAGUUUAAAGAGCGACCUAAGAAACCGCCAAAGCCGAAGAAAAAGCCAUCCCGUUUCUUUUUAGAGCAGUGGUACUUAUCCCGAGACCUGAGCAGGAGCCCUGAGUCACCCCUUUCCUCUCCCGACUCCCCCAGAAAGCAGGCAAGGCCUCUGCGGUCUGACGAGCAAAUGCCGAUACACGUGCUUAGCAUUCAGGAAAGAGCUGAACAACUUGCCUGUCAGCUGGAAGGCAAGCCAGCCAGGCCACAGCCUAAGAAAAAGCCCUCGCGCUUUUUUAUGGAACAAUGGCACCUGGCCCGAGCCCAGAGUCCCCCCGAAUCUCCCCUCUCCUCCCCUGACACGUUCAGACAGCGCUAUGUAAAGAUGUACACGGGGGGCGUUAGCUCAUUGGCUGAGCAGAUAGCCAGUCAGCUUCAGUCUCAGGAAGACCCUAAGCCCCCUCCUGAUAAGAAGGACUUGGUAAGAACCGGCUCGCUGAGAAAAGAGUUCCCCGUCAACAUCGGGGGUAGCGACGUCUGCUUCUUCUGCCGGAAGCGCGUGUACGUCAUGGAGAGGCUCAGCGCCGAGGGGAAGUUCUUCCAUCGCAGCUGCUUCAAGUGCGACUACUGUGGCACCACCCUACGACUGUCCUCUUACGCCUUCGACGUGGAGGACGGGAAAUUUUACUGCAAGCCCCACUACUGUUACCGUCUGUCUGGCCAGGCUCAGAGGAAGAGACCUGCUCCAGCCCCUGCUCCAAUCACCACUAAGGAGAACCAGGCACCCCCGACUGCUAUGGCGACCGUGGACGCCCCGGGAAGGGCGACGGCAGCUGCAACCCCCUCAGCCGAGCGCCAGCCCUCAGUUCCGGAGGUCAACGGGGUGCAGGAACCCAGCCUACCGAAGCGACUACGGGGAACUCCAGAGCGCAUCGAGCUGGAAAACUACCGUCUCUCCCUGCAGAGAGAAGAGGAGCUGGAGGAGGUGCCAGAGGAGACUCUGGCAGAACACAACCUCAGCAGUGUGCUGGACAAGGCCACCGACGCUGACCUGGGCUCCAGUAGUUCAGAGUCUGACAUGGAGGAGGAGGACGAGCAGGAGGAGCCAGAUCAGGAGGAGGUGGAGCAGCAGCCUCACAGCCCCUCAGACCUUGGCGGCGUUCCCUGGAAGGAGGCGGUAGAGCUCCACGCCAAACUGAAGGCGGGCAGCGACCACGGGGCCGGGGCAGAGGGCGACGCUCUGGCCGACGCCGUCAGCAGAGACGGGGAAGUGGAUGAAGAGGAAGAAGAAGAGGAAGAGGAGGAGGAGGAGGAAGAUGAGGAGGAGGACGAGGAUGAAGAGGAAGAAGAGUCAAGCGAUGAGGGGGAGUACUGCCCUUGGGAGAGGGAGCUCCAGUCAGGCCUUUGGCUGGAGAAGUACCUCACAGAUGAAGAGGAUGUUGGUACAUUUAAAGCCAGAAACCUACGGAUCCAGCAAGCUCUGCAGCCUGUGGACCCCCAGGCCAUUCCAGGUUUGGUGAGAACACACCUGGACUCUGAGGGGGACAAGGAUGGCCAACCGGCCUCGAACUCCCAACUCUCUCAACCCUCUGAGCUCACGCAGCCCUCCUCCACAGCCCCUGCCCACACAUCCACCCGACACGAGGCAGUGAGAGUCUGGUUGGAGUCCAUGUCUGGAGAGCCCUGUGAGGAUGAAGACCUGGAAGCAGAAGCAGACAGUCCAGAUUUGGAGCCUGGUACAGAGAUGGAUCAAGAUGACAUUCCUUCAGAUGCUGAAGCUGAGGCACGCUUGCAUCAGCCAGAGCACACAGAAGCACUUCCUGAGGAGGAUGGCAAAUCAGAGAGUCUGGGAAUGGCCUCGAGCAUUGAACCAUCCAGCGUCAGUCGUAUGCCGAAUGAAGAAGAUGUCGUGCUCUCCCCAGUCAAACCAUCUCCAGAGCCUGAGACACCAAUAACUCAGACAUCGCCUCCCUGCUUGGUGAAGUCUCCUGGCACGCGUUUUUUCCCAGAGCCUUUCUUACCAGAGGAAGUGAGACCUGACAGAACAGCACUAUCUCCAGUCACCAAGAGUCCACAGAGCCCUUCUCCUGCUCCUGUACAAAGUCCUUCCCCUGUCCCUUCUCCUGUUCCUGCUGCUACUCCCAAUAUUGCUCCUGCUUUGUCUUCUCCCAAGUCCCCUUCUAAAUCACCAACUCAGUCACCAGUCAGGUCACCUAUUGAGUCACCCGUCAAGUCACCUGCCAGGUCACCUGUCAGGUCCCCUGUCAGGUCACCAGUUGGAUCACCUAUCCGCUCCCAGCCUGUCCCACUACCAGAGACUUGCACGCCUAAAUCUCCGGUCCUCCCUCAGCGCUCCAUUUGCCCUCUGACAGGCAACCCCCUCUCCCCAAUCUGUGCCCAGCCCUUGCCCUGCCAUGAACCCUCUUCACCGCUCACCUCUGACUCUCCUGUAAGAACUCAGCCUGUCCCUGCAGUCACUUCCACACCCAUGGCCAAAACAGACAAGGCCACACCUGAGCACUCAAACCUCAUGGAUGACUCCACAGAGGAACCAUCUAAAAAGACCGAUAUCAUUGAAGAGUUCUGGCUGAAGAGUGCUGAGAUCAGGAAGAGCCUGGGUCUUUCUCCUUUGGACCGCAGUAGUAAAAUCUUAGAGAAGACUGUGAGGAUUUCAACCCAAGACUCUUCCUCUGUCAAGUCCUCCUCUCCAGAACUGUCUGAAGAGCCGAAGCCUGCCUUUACUGGACGUUCGGUCAUCCGCAGACUCAACAUUACCCUUGAGGGUCAGGUCAUUACUCCCAUUGCUCCAGUGGAGCCCAAGAGUAAUGGCUCGGAUAAAAAAGACCUCAGUAGCAGUUCUGGCUUGGGUCUCAAUGGCAGUACCGCCACCAGCCAGACGGCAAACAGUGACAACUAUAACACAUCUGACUCCACCAUGUUAACGCCUCCCUCCAGUCCACCACCACCCGUGCCUGCCAACCAGUCUCCAGCCAUAUUCAGGCAACAGAGACCACAGGUGUCCUGGAGCAAUGGAACAGAAAAGCCUGCAACUAAGCCUGCAUCUGAGCCUGCCAAGGAGCUGGCACUUCCGAAAACCAAGACCCCUGUUCCUGCACCGAGGACCCAGUUGAGCCCUGUGUCUGUGCCCAAGCCUGCCGCUAGGACAGUAACAGUGACGUCCGUGCCCACAGACGCAGAUACAACUCCAGUGGUGGUCAUGAGGGAGAAGAAAAAACCUCGGCGAGAGGAGGUGAGGAAGUCAUUUGUGGAGACUGUGGAAGAAAUUCCCUUUGCUGAUGACGUGGAGGAGUCGUACGACGAGCGGACGCCAGGAACCAGUGUAGACAGAUUCUAUACUCCACCCACCAGUAAACCCAGCAGGGACAAUCCUCCCCUGCACUUGGCCCUAGCCAUGGAAAAUGGUAAACCCAACAUCCCUGUCAACCCAGCGUCCAAGCCCCAGAGGGUGACUCAGUUCUCCCCAGAAGCCAAGGAGAUUGCUGAAGAGAGAAUGAGGGCCAGAGAGAAGUCUGUCAAGAGCCAGGUUCUAAAAGACGCCAUGGCCAAGCAGCUGAACAAAAUGAAAGAAUCUGACAUAGCCAAGGGUGCCUCAGCUAAAGUGGCCUGGAAUGUAACCUCGGAUGCUGCUGGAAAGAGUAAGAAGUCAGCAGGUUCUCCAAAGACAUCAGCCGUGAAAUCUCUUGAGUCUAAGAAGGCUGAGACAGUAUCUGAGCGUUUCUUCAGCAGCAACAAGAGUCUGGAUGGCUCUGUAGCUUCAUCUGAUGGUUCCUCCGGGAGCAAGAGCAAGAAACGAACUUCCCUCUUCUCUCCACGUAAGAACAAGAAGGAGAAGAAAGCCAAGAACGAGAGCAGUCGGCUGUCUGGCACGGAUGAGACACCGCCAAAACACAAGUCUUUGUGGAAGGCUGUCUUCUCAGGGUACAAGAAGGACAAGAAGAAGAAGCAGCAGGAUGACAAAUCAUGUCCCAGCACACCAUCCUCCAGCUCUACCACCCAGGACUCUGGGAAGAAGAGAGCAUCUCCUCUGGGAAGGUCAUCAGACUUGAAAUCACGCAGAAACCUGAGCUUUUCUGAGGAUUCAGACCUGUCCUGUGAUGACGUUCUGGAGAGAUCCUCCCAGAAGUCAAAGGCAGAUUCUGUUUAUGUCCCUCAUGCACUGGCGUUCAAGAGAUCGUAUGCCACGAAGAAAACCUACACGGAGGAGGAGCUGAAUGCCAAGCUGACCAGAAGGGUUCAGAAAGCUGCGCGGCGACAGGCCAAGCAGGAGGAGCUCAAGAGGCUGCACAGAGCACAGAUUAUCCAGAGGCAGCUGGAGCAGGUGGAGGAGAAGCAGAGGCAGCUGGAGGAGAGGGGCGUGGCUGUGGAGAAAGCCCUGCGAGGCGAAGCAGGAUUGUAUAAAGGUACUUAUACAUUACCCAAACAGCACAAAAGAAGAUCAGACUAUUGGGGAGAUUCUAAUUACAGUGAAAUCCUGGACUUGCAUCUGGGCGGCAUGGGCAAGAAAGAUGAUCCCAAGUUAAUGCAAGAGUGGUUCAAGCUGGUGCAGGAGAAAAAUGCCUUGGUGCGCUAUGAGUCAGAACUCAUGAUAUUUGCCAGAGAGCUGGAGCUGGAAGAUCGUCAGAGCCGACUGCAGCAGGAUCUCAGGGAGAGAAUGGCCAUAGAAGACCACCUAAAGACGGAGAAGGAGCUCGCCCAGGAGAAGCAGAUCCUGAAUGAAAUGCUGGAGGUGGUGGAGCAGCGAGACUCUCUGGUGGCCCUCCUGGAGGAGCAGAGGCUGCGGGAGAAGGAGGAGGACAAGGACCUGGAGGCUGUCAUGCUCUCCAAGGGUUUCAACCUCAACUGGGCCUGAGGGGAGGGAGCGCGAAACACGAGCCAAGUCACGUGCAAAAGAGGAACGAGCAGAGUAAUGUUUUGAGGCGGCGCUCGAGUGAAUCGGCGUCCUUUUUCAGAGAGCAGAGGGUCCUCGAUCACCGUGGUCUGUUUCCUUCAUGGCGAGGACAGACGCAGGCACUCGGUCCUACUGUCACACCUGCAGCAGUGAAUGUGUAGAGUCCCCCCCCCCACUUCUACCUACUACUAUGGCUGUCGCUGAUCACAGUUUGAAGCGGUCUGUCACGUUUACAUAUCCUCAGCCCGAAGCCAGGCGGAACUGUCACCUUUCGAUCUCGCCUCGCUCGCCUCACUGUCUCGCCGUGGGUGGAGAGACGGGUACAGCCUCACUGUUAUCGCCACAACCUCGGAGCGGAUCUUCUUGAAACGGGGCGGGGAACCUCGGGAGAAUGUCUGAAGACUUUGAAUGACUUCAUUCUCGAUCAUCUAAAGGGAAGAAUGCGGUUAGGUCCUGCUGAUGUAAAGGAAUUGUAAAGAUUUGUGUUAUAUAUGUUAGAUAUGUGUGUAAAGCAAGUCAUAUUUUCAGUGGAUGAGGGUCUUUUAUUUUCUUUUUUUUUUUUUUUUUUUAAGGACUGCUACAGAGAUGUGUUUAAAAUGCUGGAGUGAUGAGGUGAGGCCAAAGUCUUGGGUCUCAAACUCUCAAACGCUCCAGGUUUCAAUUUUAGCGGCGACUCCCAACUGUAGGAGGGACUUCCUCUGCUGAGGCUGCCUUUACAUCCAAUCACAAACUGGCUUCCACAUGGCAAAGAGCCAGAGGGAGGCCAUCGAAUUUCUUUUUUAAUUUUUUACUCUUUUUUUUUGUUUUCUCCCUUUCACAAAGUGUUUUGUGAGUCAACACUAAGAAUCCCUCAAAUCUGGCCACGUCUUUUUUUUUUUUUUUAAUGUAUUUAUUAGCUUUGUGUUUAACAGAAACAUUUUUUUUUUUUUGGUUUAUAUUUCAUAUCUGCAUUCACAGGAGAGUGCCCAGCAUCCCAAUAACUUGCACUUAUGUCUACUCUUAUUGCAUACUCCAUCACCCAUAAGCCAUUGCAUGUCAGGAAUGAAGACUGCAGGCUCAUUAAAAAAAACGAAAAAAAAAAAAAGUGCAUCUGUGUUUGUGUUACAUUGUCUUUUACUCUGAAAAAUGUACUACUAUAUGGCAUAGUAUACAUACGUGUACGUACAUAUGUAUACAUACAUACAUGUAAAUAAUAGAUAUGGACACUUGAACAUCUCACUUGACACUUGUAUUGGUCUGAAAGUGAGCAAAGUGUGUAAUGAUGGGCCUCUCCAUGAGAUGCCGUUCACUGUAUAUCAGACUGGCAGGUUUACAAUCACUUGUCCAUUUUCAAUAGUGGAUGUUCAAAGUUUCAAUAUUCGCUCGUGAAAUUGACGACGGCGAGAUUACAACAACCGUUGGAAUGAUUCAUCUGGGAGGGAAUUUUCAGUCUUUUCAGGCUGAGAUUAGUUUCCUGUGGUGUUUAACACGGUGAUGUUAUCAUUGGUGGAGCUGGUUUUUGUCUCUGUUGUUAAGGGGAGGUCUGUGUAGCACCCGUCACUCAUUUAGCAGCGCAGGGCUGCCUCUGCGCUAUCAGAGGAAUAUACCACAAGGACUUACACACUACAGAGGAACAUGCAUUUAUCAGUACAUGACAGUGUUAAUACUCUGCCCUUGAACAAGAUGCCUUUUUCAUUUCAUCGUCGAUACUUUUCAGAUUUUAUUUUUCCUCUCGGUUCACUUGUUUGUUUGUUUUGUUUUUGUUUUUUGUUUUUGAGGUGUUCACGUUUGUGUAUCCCACUGGAAGCCACUGUUUUUGUUUUUCUCUCUCUUUCUUUUUUAUAUAAUCCAACACUUUUUUACAGCACAUCGUUAAACCAACAGCAGAUUUUACAUGUAGAUCUGAGGAGACACAAGCUAUGCUGUGAGCAGCUUGCAUUCAAUCUGUAACAAAGGGGGGUGUAGUUUAUUUGUUGGACGUUUGAAUCUAAUAGCCUUUUGACAAACAUUACAGAUCCAGCUGGUCUCUGUUUUACAGCACACAAACACUAGGCAAGAGGCUAUAUUUAUGACUUGCUAUGAGCUGUGAAUAAAAAAAAAAAAAGUUACACAAUUUCAAGGCUUGUUUUAGAUGGUGUGUGAUAAGUUUGACAUGAUUGUAUUGAUAUUUAUUAACAUGUGUGCAAAACUGUAUUAUAUGUAAAGAAAAAUGAACCCUAAUUUUUAAACUGUGCUGUUGACACAUGACCUGUAAUGUAAAUGCUUCAUGUAGCUAAAAUGCAUAGGGGUGUUGGAUGUAUGCUGAAAUGGCAAUAAAACAAUGCAGUUGUUCUUUUAA